AUGAGUUUGAUUUCUAAUCCUAAUCCUAACCAAUCCUCCUUUUGUCUGAAAUGGCCAUGGGAUGCUUUAAACCCUAACCCGAAAAUCCCCCAAACCCCUAACCCCUGCAACAAUUUUCAGCCUCCUUGGUUAUUCAGGUCUCUCCAAAACCUUGGAUCAUUAGCUUUCAAUUUCGCCAAUUCUCUUUCAAAUUCUUCAACUUCUCAAACUCCAAAUUCCCUGGAACCUAGCAAGAAAAUGAAUUUGACAUGGAACAAGAAUAAGAAGGUGACUUCCAAUGGUUUGGAGCAGGCCGAGGCGGAGCAGCGAGCGUUUGCUGCUGCUCUGGCAAGUGGUAAGGAGGCGACGUUGCUAGAGUUUUACUCGCCUAAAUGCAGGCUCUGUAAUUCAUUGGUUAAUUUUGUUUUGGAAAUGGAAACAAGGAAUGAUCAAUGGCUUAAUGUUGUCAUGGCUGAUGCUGAGAAUGAGAAGUGGCUACCAGAGCUCCUUAAUUAUGAUGUUAGUUAUGUCCCCUGCUUUGUGCUUAUUGACAACAAAGGAAGGGCCCUGGCUAAGUCGGGUGUCCCAAGUAGCCGUUUACAUGUUAUAGCUGGACUAUCACAUCUUCUCAAAAUGAAGCGUCCUCAACAAAACAAAUAG